AGCAAACACAAAGGCCAAAGUGGUUUUUCCUUUUGGGUCCUUUGCUUGUCAUAGUUUACAACAAAAAUAGUCUACUUGUAUUGCAAGGCAUUCUUUGUCCAUUCCCAAUCUCCCAAGUGUAGAAGAUUUGAGAGAAUUCUGUGUCAAACAAUACUCCAUUUUCAUCUCCACCGCUAACCAUAGUUCUAUAACCCCAAUAUAUAUUAGCCCACAAUAAUUCUAGACUCAAAAUAUUUACCAAAUUAUACAAAAAUCUCUGAAUCCCCUUCUAACAAGUUGAAAUUAUUCCUGAAAACUCACAAUGGCGACUGUCAAUCGGGAAGCAAUUGAGACUUUUAUGAGCAUCACCGGCGCACCUGAGCCUGUGGCUACGCAAAGGCUUAAGGAAUUCGGUGGAAAUCUCAAUGAAGCUGUUAAUGCACAUUUUAGUGAGGGAGAUAGAAAUGUAUUGCAGGAUGCCCCUAUUACUGGUACUGCCACACCAAAUGAUCUCAUGGAUAUAGAUGAACCGCCAGUAAUAGAGCCUCGUGGUCCUACAUCACUAUUAUCUGCUACCAGAGGGGGGAAUCCUUUCUCUGUCCUUGAUCCAGCCUUUGGGAGGAGCCUAUUUGAUACUAGGAAUUUAUUCGAUACCAGCUCUGAGCUCAUGGGACGUGCCCCAAUUGUGACACAGCCAAGAGAAGUUAGGGAAAUUCCCAUAGAAGUCAUAGGCGGGGGUGACAGUUUAGCUGCUCCUUCUGGUCAUGGUCCCAGGAUUGAGGAUGUCACAGACUCUAUUGAUGCAGAGGGACCUCAAAUACGUGGAACUGUCAUUGUUGAUGAUGAUGAUGACAUAAUCCCAGGGAACUUUGGAGGUAGUAGGAAUAACUCCAGACCUAGUGCACCUCAAUUUGAUGAUUUGCCGGAUGAUGCGUCAAAUGACAUAGAGGAAGAAAUGAUUCGAGCUGCCAUCGAGGCUUCCAAGAAAGAUGCUGAACUCCAGACGAAUCAAGUUGGCCCUGGGUUGGAUGAUGUUGGCCUGCACCAGGGGCCACCUCAGCGAGAUGAGGCCGAGCUUGAACACGCGGUUUCCUUAUCUUUGAAGACAGCAGAACAGGAAAUUCUACAAAGACAGGUAAGUCUCAAUGCUGGAGCUUCUGGUUCAGUUGCUAACGGGCCUCUCGAGGUGGAAGAGCUAGGGAUAGUAGGCGAACCAAAUAGAAGGCAAGAUGUUGGUUCUUCUGAUAAGCCCUCUUCAACUCACCAUAAGAAAGAAGCAGGGAGUUCAUCCUUCCAAGAUGAAGCAGAUGAUAUGGAUGAACAACCGCUGGUCCGGAAUAGGUCAAGGCGUAGGUCUUCUGCUUCAGCGACUCACACAGAAGUAGAAGAAUCAGAAGUUAAUCCUACUCUGAAUCCUCCACAACCAACUGUUGCUAGUGAGACACAUCCCAAUGGAAAUGCUUUUCCUUCUGACGAGUGGGGCGGUAUCUCCUCUGUGGAACAUGACGAAGCAGUUAUGCUCGAGGCUGCUAUGUUCGGUGGAAUCCCCGAGAGUGGAUUUCGUGUCCCAUAUGCUCCACAUCAGAUGAUGCACGCUGGAUUUGAUACACAAUGGAGAAUGCCUCGUUCUCCUUCACCUGGCCUUGUUGCCCAGCGUGCAAUUCGGGAACAGCAGGAUGAUGAGUACCAUGCUGCAUUAGAAGCUGAUAGGGAAAGGGAAAUGAGGGCAGUGGAGGAAGAAAAAGCAGCUAGGGAAGCGGCACUGGAAGAGCAGAGGCAAAAGGAGGAAGAAUCGCGGAGGAAAUUAGAGGAGGAACAGGAACUUGAGAGGCAACUGGCUGCCAAAGAAGCUUCCCUUCCCGAAGAACCACCUUUGGAUAAUGAGAAUACUGUAACUCUUCUUGUUAGAAUGCCUGAUGGCAGUCGACGUGGCCGCCGGUUUCUUAAGUCUGAUAAAUUGCAGUCUCUCUUCGACUUCAUUGAUAUUGGGAAAGCAGUCAGACCUGGCACCUAUAGAUUGGUAAGGCCAUACCCUCGCAAAGCAUUCAGCAACGGAGAGUGCAACUUGAGCUUAAACGAGCUUGGCCUGACAAGCAAGCAAGAAGCGUUGUUUAUGGAGUUAAUUUGAAACACUCAAAACUUGUAGAAAUUGCACUCUAAACUUGUAGAAAUUCACACAUCCAACCAAUCCCAUCCAGUAUUUAUUAGAAAUAUAUAUAAACUACAUGGACAUUUAAGUUUGUAUUUUGGGUUUUCCGACUAGCUUUUCUAGUACGAUAACUCCCGUGUGUUCGAAGGAGUUGGAAAUGGAAAAUCAUGUUCAUGGGCAUUAGGUUCGUGUUUUUAA